AUGAAGACAUGUUAUUAUGAGUUAUUAGAUGUCGAAAUGACAGCAAGCGAUGCUGAUCUGAAAAAAGCUUAUAGAAGAAAGGCAUUACAAUAUCAUCCUGACAAAAAUAUUAAUAACAUAAAAGAGGCAACUGAUAUAUUUGCAAACAUUAGGACAGCGUAUGAAAUAUUAUCUGAUCCUCAAGAGAGAGUAUGGUAUGAUUCGCACAAAAAUCAGAUUCUGAAUGAUGAACCAAUAAUGGAAGAUGGAUCAUAUGAGGUAGAUUCUAGAGUCACUGGUGUAACUACAGAAGAACUCAUGAUGUUCUUCAAUUCAUCUUUAUAUACAAGAUUUGAUGAUAGUCCUGCUGGUGUUUUCCAAAUUGCUGGUAAAAUAUUUUCAAGAUUGGCAAAAGAUGAAAUUGUUAAUGGUAGAAAAUUAGGCCUUCCCAAAUUUGAUAAAUACGUAGAUGAUCACUUUGAAGAAGAUAUAAAUACAUUAGGUUAUAAAAGUGCAUGUGAUAAAUAUAUAAAGGAAGAAAAUGAUACGCAAUUAUUCCCAGUCUUUGGCUAUUCAACAACAGAAUAUGAACAUCUGAAAAGUUUUUACAAAAAAUGGAAUUCAUUUAAUACAUUAAAAACAUUUAGUUGGAAAGAUGAAUACAUGUAUUCUCAAACCUAUGAUAGAAGAACAAAAAGAGAAAUUAGUAAAAUCAAUGAGAAAGCCAGGAAAGAAGCUAGAACAGAAUAUAAUAGAACAGUAAUUAGAUUUGUUGGUUUUAUGAAGAAAUUGGAUAAAAGAAUGAAAGAAGGUGCUAAAGAAGCUACAAAGAAAAAAGUUGAAAUGGAUAAAUUGAAAAGGCAGCAACAGAGAGAACAAUAUUUAAAAGAGAAAAAAUCACAAAAAACUGAAUUUACCGAACAAACUUGGCAAGAAGUGAAUGAUGAUUAUUGGAAAGAGCUUGAGAAAAAUUUUGACGAAUUCGAAGAAAGUGACGUCUUUACAAAGGAAGAGGAUAAUACUAAUCAAACUGAGAAAGAUGAUAAACAGGAUGAAGUCGUUGUUUAUGAAUGUAUUAUAUGCCAGAAACUAUUUAAAUCCGAAAAACAAUUGAAUAAUCAUACACAAACGAAUCUUCAUAAAAAAAACAUGAAAGAAAUAAGACGGGAGUUAAAAAAUGAUAGCCUCGAGCUUGGUUUAGAUGAAGUUUCGGAUAUAGAUGAUUUUAGCUCUGCUAAUGAAGAUCCUGCAGAAACCGGUAUUUCUGCAUCCAUGGACAUGGAUAAAAUUAAUGAGGAAUUAGAAGCUAUACAAAAACAAUUAGAAGAUUUGGAUGCGAUAACAGAUGACGAAUUUGGGGAUAACGAUGAAACUAACGGUAAUUUUGAUAUCGAAGUGAGUGAUGUAGAAAUUGAUAAUGACUCCUUAAACGACGACAGGAAAAGCACUGUGGAGGAAUUUUUGGAAAAAGAAGAGGACAUCAAAGAUAUCGAUGAAGAUAUUAUGAGAGACGAACAAUUGAACAAGCUACUGGCAUCAUUACAAAGCAGCAAGAAUAAUCCUGAUGAUAGCGACUCUGAUGCUAAUUGGGGAAGCUCCAAAGGCAAGAAAAACAACAAGAAAAACAAAAACAACAAGAUUAACAGAGUCAACGUUCCUCGCCUUAGCGCAAAUAACAAGAAGAGCAAUACAAUCGUGUUCACAGAUGUGUGUUCAACUUGCGGGGAAGCAUUCGAAAGUCGUAAUCUUUUGUUCAAGCAUGUUAAAACCAGUAACCAUGCAUUGGCCCCAAAUAAAGUUAAAAAGAAAAAUAAAUAG